UCGAAGAUCCCUCAGUGCGAUCAUCGCGAUCGAACCGCGACGGUCGCAUGAUCGCUAGCUCCAAUUGAUACGUGCUCUUUCGCUCCAUGAGAAAAUAUGGACCUAAGCAGACCGACCGCAGAGUAACCGCUGCGUUGAGUUUUUAGUUUUCAUUUGUGGUUUCGUCAACUAAAUUAUUCGAUUCUGUAACAUUCUUUCGAGAUGUUAGUUCGGCAGUGAACGUGUUAGCUUGAAAAUACAGGCGUUCGAUAAGACUCCGAUCAACAAAACAAGAUUCUAAGAACACGUGUUCGCCGUUUAGAAUUGCCUUAAACAUUAACAAAGCGUAAAUCCGAUCCGAAUAACAACCAACCAUUAAUGAAUAAUAAACACCGACUGAUCCACAGAAUUUGUUAAUAAUGGUGAAAGUGGGUUACGUUCUUGUCUUCGUCACUCUGUUGUUGAUGAUGUGGGCGUCCGUCGUCCGGAUGCACGAGCUGCCCGUACAGUAUCCGCCGUGCUUCUUUAACCCCCUUUGCACCUGUUCGAAAGCAAUCCCCGAUCUCGGCAUAGUCACCUGUUACGACGUGCCAAUGCCGCGGAUACCCCAGCCGAUCAACUCUUCGAAGGUGUUCAUGCUUCAGUUAGAGAACAAUGGCCUGAUGUUCCUGCAGCCGCAAUUUCUCAUGAACACAGGCCUAUACAGCCUACGGAUCAAGCAUAAUCCCCUGGCCGACAUCCCGGACGAAGCUUUCCUAGGGCUUGAGAGAUCGUUAUGGGAGCUCGAAUUACCCUACAAUCGCCUCGAGAGAGUACCCAGCAGAUCGUUCAGGCAUUUGCAAAAGUUACAACUUCUGGAUCUCACAGGCAACAAGAUAUCGAAAAUAGCCGCUGACAAUUGGCGCGGUCUGGAGAAUUCUCUGCAGAAGCUGCACCUCGGGCGCAAUGCGAUCGAUCGACUUCCGGCGGACGCGUUCGCCGGUCUCACAUACUUGGACAUGCUGGAUCUGCGGGACAAUAACCUGAAAGAAAUCGAUCCUUCGGUGUUCAGGGACGGCAUGGCCCACCUGGUUUAUCUUUACCUGAACGGCAAUCAACUGACACACAUUCCGUAUUCACAACUGUCGGCGCUGAAGCAGAUGAAGGUCCUCGAUCUGAGCUUCAACAGGAUAUCGAGGAUGCUGAACACGCAACAGGAACCCGAGAUCAGGGGACUGCAGAUGUCCUUGGACACGCUGCGGCUCGACUACAAUCAGAUCGAGAUACUGAUGCCUAGAGACUUUCAGCAUUUUUACAAAGUCAACAAGACUUAUCUCGACGGCAAUCCUUUGAGCAUAGUAGAGGAGGGAACAUUCCGUGAUUCCAAGAUACGGGAACUUUACUUCUGCGAUUGCGACCUCAUGGAAGUAAGUUCGCUGAAUUUCGUUGGCCUGGAGUCAUCCCUGGAGUUGUUGGAUCUGUCUGGAAACAACAUCACCACCCUGCCAAGUCCUAUAUUCCAGGAAUACGAUUUUCUUCGAACCCUAAUCUUCCGGGAGAACAAGAUCCAGACUAUUCAGCCUGCCGAGGUCUUCAAUGGUUUCCAAUAUUCUUUAUAUAAUCUGGACCUGAGCGGCCUAGAGAACACUGUGGUGUCUCUGCAGGAUCUGCGACAGAUGCGGAACAUGCGUUUCUUGUCGAUCUCGAAGAUGCCGCAGUCGACAUUGUCCCCGGAGGAUUUCAUGGAGUACGGAAUGGAUAUCAAGGAGCUGCGUAUCGUGAACAGCAACCUGAACACUAUCAAGAGCCACGCUUUUAUGCACGUUCGUGGGAUCAAGUAUAUGGACUUCUCGGAAAACUCUAUUACCUCGAUCGAGAACGAGGCAUUUUCAGAGGCAAGUCAUUCGCUUCUGACGUUGAGGAUGUCGCACGGUUUGGCUUCGUCUUUCUCCGAGCUACCAAACGCGCCCUUCAAAUUCCUGACGAAUCUGCAACACCUCGACUUUAGCAACAACAAGAUCAAAAGCAUGCCGGACACGUCGUUCCAUUUCAUGAAGAGGAUCAAGCGGAUCGAGUUGCAGGACAACGAAAUCGACAGCAUCAAAAAAGGAACGUUCCAGGGUGACAUACACUCGACUCUCGAAGACGUGAAUUUCGCGUUCAACAAAAUCAAGACGAUCCAAACACACACGUUCGUCGAUCUGCCGCGAUUGAUAACGAUUAAUUUAGAGGACAACGCCGUGGAGAGAAUAGAGAGACGGGGGUUCAUGAACAUGAAGCUGCUGAAGUAUAUUAAUUUACGGGGGAACAAGAUAAAGGACAUCACCGACGAGGCUUUCCAGAAUCUUCCGGAUCUGAAGUUCCUGGAUCUCGCUUACAACGACCUGACCGAGUUCGAUUUUGCCUCGUUCGAUCAGGUAGGAACACUGUCGACGUUCAAAGUGAACGCGAGCCACAACGAGAUCCCGAAACUCUGGAUCAAUAGCACCACGUUCACGCCGGCGACCACGAUCGGCGGCUCGAUACAAUCGAACAUCAAGGUCCUUGAUUUCAGCUACAACAACAUCUCGGACAUAAUGAAGUAUUAUUUCAAGCCUGUGGAAUACUCGCUGACGCAUCUCUAUCUGUCCCACAACCAACUGAUGAACGUCACGCAAGGCAUCUUCGGGAACAUGCCGCAUCUGCAGUGGCUCGAUCUGAGCCACAACGAGCUGAUCGAAAUCGAUUUCGACUGUUUCAGAAAUACGAAAAACAUUCAAGUAUUGAGAUUAUCGUGGAACAAUAUCAUGGAGAUCCCCUCGGAAGCGCUCAGGCCUCUGAAGAAACUAAGAAUCGUCGAUCUAUCGCAUAAUAAACUGAGAACGCUUCCGGAUAACAUAUUCUCCGACGCAAACAUAGAGAGUUUGGACCUUUCGCAUAAUCAGUUCAUGAGACUGCCUAUCAAGUCCAUGUCGAUCUCUUCUGCUGCCAGUCUGUCUAUGCUGGAUAUGUCUUGGAAUACUUUGGCCGGGGUUCAUACCACGGAUGCUAUAUUCAGACUGCGAAGUCUGACGUGGUUAGACCUGUCUUACAAUCGAUUGGUCAGGCUCGACGACAGCGUGUUCUCCGAGCUGCCUUAUCUAACUCAUCUCGACUUGAGCCACAAUAAACAAUUGCUGUUGGAGUCGCGAGGAAGGACUUUCCACGGAUUGGAGGACUCUCUUCUUUAUCUAGAUUUGAGCAACAUCUCGCUCUUGAGCGUGCCGGAUUUGCCGCUGCGGCGGCUGCAAACGUUGUACUUAGCGUACAACGAGCUGGCGUCGAUAUCGCCGGAUAUGUCGUCGAACUUGACGUCCCUGCACUACUUGGACCUAAGCGCCAAUGAUCUGACGGUGGUGCCAUUGAUCACACACACCCUGCCGGAACUGAAAACCUUCAGUCUGGCGGAUAAUCCCAUCACCGCUGUCACCAACACCAGCUUCCUUGGCAUCGCCGACAGCCUCGAGGAGCUCGACAUACGACGAUUAGCAUUGUCGACGUUCGAGUCGGGAGCGCUCUGCAAAGCGACCAAACUUCGCAAACUGUACAUAACUGCUUACAACAGCGUGAAGAACUUCAACUUUCCGAACAUUCUCGAGUACAAUCACGGGCUGCGGCAUUUAAUCAUCGACGUACAAAAUGAGACCGAUCUGGAGAAAGAGAUGAAAGGAAGGUUUCCAUACAAGCUGUUCAAUAUAACGUUGACCGGCCGGGCUCUGAAGAACGUAAACGCGGACAUCCUACGUGGAAUAAGAAGUCCUCAUCUCCAUUUUGGUAUGUACAAUACCAGCGUGAGCACCGUGCCGAAGAAGAUGUUCGAGAACGCGGAGUGGGUCAGAAACGUGACGAUUCAUGUUCAUCACAGCGAUAUCAGGACACUGAACAAUCCAUCGGACGGAUAUAGGCCGGGAGUACCGGGGAAACGAUUUCUGCUGAGACUCACGGUCCGAGGAAACUACUUCACCUGCGACUGCGACAUCGGAUGGAUGGAGACAUGGCAGAGGAAGCACAGACAGUACCAGGAAGAUCGUUGCAGCACCUUCAGCGAGUUCAAGAACUUCGAGCGGAACGAGGAAGACGACGAAUUCGAUUGCUGGAACAACGAGUGGGACGACGAUCUCCGGGAGUCGUUUUGUAUGAACAAGAACAAUAUUUCGGUGCUGGAGAUGUUGAAAACUGAUCUGGAAUGCGGCUGGGGCGCAGCGAGCUACACCCAGGCACCCCAUCUCGUCGCUCUUCUUCUCUUCGUCGUUCUUGCAGCAGCGAUCUACUAAGCCUUUGUCCAUUAACAUUUCGUGUUCUUCGAAUUGAUCACCGUUCCUUUCCUCGUGACACAGAACGGCUCAAAGUGCAAACAGAAUGUCGCUUCUCGCGGUGACGAAAUCUCCUGUUUCCACGGGAACACGUCGUAAAUGUAAUUACAUUCGGUUCCGUUUGAACGAUCUGUAAAUAGACGUUUACUUCGUCAGCUUUAAUCGAUGAAAGAAGUAUCAGUAGGUACUCCUAGUCCCG